GUUGUUAAAUAUUUUGGAAAAACCAAUCAUUCCGUGUGGAUGAUAUAACAAACUUCAUAAAGAAACAUUUUAUUGAAUAAUAUUGCUAACAGAUUUGUGAAUUAUGAAUAUGAUUAUCAUUGUGUGUGAAGCAUGCAAACAAGUAUCAUUAUAUAACCAAGGCUCAGAGAAUUAUUCAUCAGUUUACUGUUUACUUUCGCACUCGUAUGACUGUCGAGACGUUUAAUUCGUGCGGUGAAGAAAACUCUAUAUUCUACCUUGAAGAAAGAGUGAGCUGCAAAAAUGUCCCCAGAAAUAAAACAAAUUCAACAAAUUAAAUUCCACUUGCAAGACAAGGAAUACACCGUCAAUGUGGAGGAAGUGACCCCUAACACAUCUCUAAACACCUACAUCAGGAAAACGUUACAACUGACAGGCACGAAGGGUGUGUGCCAUGAAGGGGGUUGUGGUGCAUGCAUUGUUGUAUUGUACAGCAAAGAUGUAAACACAGAUAAAGAUAUCUAUCUAGCCGUAAAUUCGUGUCUCAUCCCUCUCCUGUCUUGUAAUGGCUGGAGAAUUUAUACGAUUGAAGGAAUAGGAGACCCUGUCAAGGGUUACCAUGUCAUCCAGCAAACUUUAGCGAAUUUUAACGGAACACAAUGCGGCGUGUGCUCUCCAGGAAUGGUGAUGAACAUGUACGCGUUAUACGAAUCAGGAAAAUUAACAAUGAAAGAAGUCGAAAACGCGUUUGGUGGCAAUAUAUGCCGCUGCACCGGUUAUAGGCCAAUACUUUCGGCUUUUAAAUCGCUGUGCACAGAUGCUAGUCCUGAGUUACUUGGUCAGUAUCCCGAUAUAGAGGACCUGAAGAUGUGCAAAAAAGAUAAAUGUGAAAAGAAGUGCCCGACAAAGUGUGACAGGGCGAAUAAAGAACCUUUCUAUCACCAGCUGGCCGAUUCGAGAUGGAUGAAGGUAUACUCUUUAAGUGAUUUACUUUCUGUUUUGCGAACGGCAGGCAAGGCGUCUUAUAAACUGGUCGCAGGAAAUACCGCGCAAGGAGUAUUUAGCUCCUACGGAGGCUCUGCUGAUAUCUACGUUGAUGUCAUGUCUGUCCCUGAAUUAAAAGUUCAUGAAUUUGUUGAUACUACGUAUGUAUUAGGAGCAAAUACAUCUUUAGCGAUUGCUAUGGAACUCUUCACCGAAGUAGGGAAAGAAAAGCCUCAAUUUGCUUAUCUCACACAAUUAGCUAAUCAUAUUGAUUUAGUUGCUAACGUUCCUGUGAGGAAUACUGGAACAAUAGCCGGGAAUCUUAUGAUCAAACACGACAACCACCAUUUUCCAUCCGACAUUUUUCUCAUUUUGGAAACAGUGGGAGCAAAACUAACAAUCACUGAUACUGAUGCACAAGAAGUCCAAAUGUCGCCAAAAGACUUCUUAAAUUACGACAUGACGUUAAAAGUUGUAAAAACUAUCGUUUUUCCGAGUUAUAACGUUGAUAAUGUAAAAUACGUGAGCUAUAAAAUUAUGCCACGAGCACAAAACACUCAUGCAAACGUAAAUGCCGGAUUUUUAUUCCAAUUCAACACUAACGGCACUCUAGAUUCUGCUAGAAUAGUCUAUGGAAACAUAAAUCCGACUUUUGCGCAUGCGUCAGAAACUGAAAAAUUAUUAACUGGGAAAAAUUUGUUUGACAACGCGGUUUUACAACAAGCAUUUGCCUCUUUAUUAGAUGAAUUAACAUGUGACUUAAUUCCACCUGAUCCGUCACCGGAAUAUAGAAAACAACUGGCGGUAGCACUUUUCUAUAAGGCAGUUCUGAGUAUUGCGCCCGCUGAUAAAUUAUCACCGAAGAACCAAUCAGGUGGUCCUAUUCUAGAAAGACCCAUAUCUACAGGUGUACAAGACUACGAAACCAACACCUCUCUCUACCCCUUGACGCAAGCGGUACCCAAAAUUGAAGCUCUUGCCCAAACUUCCGGACAAGCUCAAUACAUUCACGAUUUGCCCGAUGUUCCUCAUCAGUUGUUCGGUACGCUUAUUCUAGCAGAUGCCCCUCCAAACUCCAUUAUUAAAAAUAUAGACGCUAGCAAAGCUCUAGAAAUUGAAGGCAUUGUCGCAUUCUAUAGCAAAGACGAUAUUCCCGGCAAGAAUAACUUCAUGCCUUUGGACUUUUUCAAAGAAGAAGAAGAAAUUUUUUGUUCGGGGCGUGUUCUUUACCAUCACCAACCAAUCGGGAUUUUGGUUGGUAACUCUCAGGCCGUUGUACAAAGUGCAAUAAGCCUGAUUGAAGCAACCUACGAUCCUCCUACAGUAGCUCCGUUACUUACAGUACGGCAAAUUUUAAAAGAAGGUCGUACUGACCGAAUUCACGAUGGAAAAACAAUUCAACCGACGAGGAAAGGCACAGAUAUCACACAUGUGAUUAAGGGGACUUUUGACGUUUAUCAGCAGUACCACUUUCAUAUGGAAUCGCAAUGCUGCAGCGUCGUACCGAACGAAAACGGUAUAGACAUUUAUCCCUCAAGUCAGUGGAUGGAUCAAAUCCAAAUAGCUGUUUCUAAAAUGCUUGAAAUCCCUAGUAAUAAAAUUAACGUGACUGUACGUAGACUAGGUGGUGCCUUUGGUGGUAAAAUUAGUCGGAACGGGUUAGUGUCCUGUGCGACAGCUCUAGCAGCGUGGAAACUACACAAACCGGUAAAAGUCUAUAUGUCCCUCACAGAUAAUAUGCAUGCACUUGGAAAACGAUUCCCAUUUUCGACUGACUAUGAAGUCGGUCUUAACAAUCAAGGGAUUAUUCAAUAUAUGACAUGCACCCAUUAUUCGGACUUGGGGUCCAUUUCUAAUGAAAAUCCUGCCCAAAUAAUCGUUCUAGAUUUUAAGGGAAGUUACGUUAAUGACACUUUUAAACUAGAUAUGAAGUCAGUAAAUACUGAUACUCAUCACAACACGUGGACACGAGCUCCAGGUAGUACUGAAGCUUUGGGCUCGAUCGAAGCGAUAAUGGAACACUGUGCCAUGGAACUUGAUAUGGACCCCAUAGAACUUAGGAAAGCAAACUUUCCACAAGAUUCCCCGAUUUCGGAGUAUAUUGAUGAGUUAACAACAUGGGCGGAAAUUGAUAAGAGAAAACAGUCUAUACUAACAUUCAACAAGGAGAAUCGAUGGAAGAAGAAAGGUUUGUCUGUGGUACCUAUGACCUACUUUUUUGGACCCUUUGGUCCAUAUUCGGUCUUGGUCUCUAUACUUCAUGGUGAUGGAUCCGUCCAGAUAUCUCACGGAGGCAUCGAAAUGGGACAGGGCAUCAACACUAAAGCAGCCCAAGUGUGCGCGUACAAGCUUGGCAUUGAUUUAAAUUCCGUCGUCGUAAUUCCAAGUAAUAGUUUUACUACUCCGAAUAACGUGGUGUCCGGCGGAAGCCUCACUUCUGAAGCCGUCUGCUAUGGCGUAAUCCAAGCUUGCGACACAUUAAUAGCUAGGAUUAAACCAUACAAAGACAAACAACCCAAUGGUACUUGGAAGGAUUGGGUAAAGGCUUGCCACGGGGACUACGUCAAUUUAUCCGCCAUCGGAAUGUUUUCGCCAAAAGAACCUAAUGUUCAAGCAUACAAAAUUUACGGAGCCUGUGCUUGCGAAGUUCUGGUGGAUAUACUCACCGGUCAACAUAUUGUUAGCAGGGUCGAUCUACUUGAAGAUGUGGGCCAGUCUAUGAGUCCUCUAGUUGAUAUAGGGCAAAUUGAAGGUGCUUUUAUCAUGGGAUUGGGUUACUACACCACGGAAGAGAUUAUUCACAACUACGAAGGGAAAAUCUUGACGGAUAGAACUUGGAAUUAUCGCCCACCGGGCGCUAAAGACAUUCCGGUUGAUUUUAGGGUCCGAUUAAAAAAAAAUAAUCCCAAUCCGGCGGGCGUGUUACAUUCUAAAGCUACUGCAGAGCCUCCUUUAUGUCUGUCGAUAGCUGUACCGCUUGCGAUCAGGAACGCGGUAGCGUCAGCAAGAGUGGAUGCUGCGUCGACUAACGCAAAAUGGUUUCCUAUUAAUGGAACCACAACUAUAGAAAAAGUAUUCGUGGAAAGUUUAAAUAAUUUUAAGCAAUAUGUCUUGUAAAUUUGCUUCGAAUAAAUAUACUUUCUAUCUU